GCUAAACAAAGAGAAGAGAAAUCAAUUCUGUUAAUUCGAUAACUUCCUCUAAAAACGAUUCGUAAUCAUGCAAUAAUUCCAAUUCGAAUGCAACAACCGAUUCCGAUUAAAUUUAGGCUUCCGAACUGAUUUCCUAGUGGUUUAACCGGGUGGUACGAGGAAGCGUUUCGCACAUCGUUUAAAAUAACUGGAAAUUUUUGUUGCGACGAAUCACACUAGCGAGUCUAGGGUAUACAGAUAUGGACUACAACACGUUCAGCAAUAAACACUACUCCGUCUCAAACUCAUCGGUACCUGCUAGUACCGGGUUUUUCCAGCCAAGUUCUUCCGGCGGCUUUCUGAAAGUGCCCAAUCCCAGCGUCAUUCUGAAGCAGGAAAAUGUACCAUCGGGAUCACAAAGUGGAACUGCUACUCCACCCGUGAACUACAGUCAAAAUGCCCCAAUUUACGAGCAACACCCACAUCAUCCGGACACGAAGCCGGUUUAUUAUGCGAAACCACUCGAUCUGCAGCUUAUAUCGAAUCAUUACCUGUCGCAUCCGCAGCAGAACGCUACCGGUCAGCAGCCCGCUUCGUUCCAUAUGGCACACGAGUAUCAUCAUGAUCACUCCAACGCGUCGACGAUUAGCUCGGGGGUAGAUCAGCACCGAUCGUACAGUGUGGAACCUGCGCCGGUUCAUCCUGGCCAGCCAGGAGCAAUUCUUCAGCAUCAUGCGGCUGUUCCAGUAGCUCCACCACCCAAGAUUAGUUAUGGUUGCGAGAUCUGCGCGAGGACUUUCGAUUCCAAGGCAAAGUUGGAGAAACACUAUCGGAUUCACAACGAAGAACCGACCUUUGAAUGUCGGAUGUGCGAGAAGAAAUUUCGUAGCCAGAGCACUCUCACUUGCCACGAGAAGGUGCAUGGGGAGAACGGAGUGGAUAAUAAUUUCUCCUGUGUGACCUGUGGGAAAGUUUUCAAGUCGGAAGAUAAACUGCUCAUCCAUAUGCGAUUGCAUACGGGUGAAAAACCGUAUCAGUGCAAAAUCUGCUUCAAGUGCUUUAAUCACCAGUCGAAUCUGAUAGCUCACUCACGAACGCACGAGACGAUCAAAAAGGCCAUCAAAUGCGACCGAUGCAACAAGGUGUUGGACAACGAGCAACGUUUGGCGAUUCACAUGAGACUGCACACCGGAGAGAAACCUUACAAAUGUUCGUAUUGUGAUAAACGAUUCAACCACAAGAGCACGGUUUGCACUCACGAGAAGACGGUACACAUUGCCUCCAACGCAUACAAGUGCGAACGGUGCCACAAGACGUUCAACCAGAAGUGUCAGCUGCAGUAUCACGAGAAGCUGCAGGAACCGCACGUUAUCGCGUGUACUAUGUGCGACAAGGUAUUUUGCUACCAGGCCAGCCACAAGGAGCACAUGUUUAAGAUCCAUUUUCCGCGAUCGAAGAAAGACCGCUUUGUCAGCGGUGUCGUAGAGGGCGAAGGCAGUGGACGCAACAAGUUCAAAUGUAACGUCUGCGAUCGAAGGUUCUACUACAAGCGGGCCCUGGAGAUGCAUAUGGGUGUUCACGACUCCUCGCUGGACGUCAAUGUGCUUUACUUUUCGUGUAACUACUGCCCGGAGACAUUUACCGACGAGGAUCCGUUGCAGAAACACGAAGCGGAACACGUCGCAAACAACACGACUGAUUUCAUGGAGAAUCUCAAAUCACUGGAACAGUACGAGGAUCCGGAAAACGGCCAAGUAGAGGGCAAAUACCGCUGUCCACUGUGCUUUAGUCGCUUUGAUGAUAUUCCAGCCCUACAAGAGCAUCACAAGACACAUCUCUGCUCCAAUCCGGAGGAGUGUGAUAAAUGCAAGCCUACGCUUGCGGAAGAUUACGACUUCACGAAAAGCACUUACGAUGAGAACGAUGAUAACCAGCCGACGCAAUGUCACCUUUGUGAGCGAACUUUACAAUCUUUCGAACUGUUUCAGAACCAUUUCCACUAUCACACCUCGCGGGUUCCCUUCUACUGUUAUCACUGCCGGGAGGAAUUUCCCGACAAGAAAGAGCUGUAUGCGCACACUAAGACACACGCUCCAAGAGACGCGGAGUCGUAUACGUGCGAGAUAUGUGCCAAAGUUUUCUCGACCAAGGGUAACUUCCGGCGACAUCUGAAGUCACAUGAAGCAAUUCGAGCCUUUGCGUGUGAUCGAUGUUUCAAGCAAUACGACUACAAAAGUGCACUGGACCUGCACCUAAAGAAAGCUCACGGAAUUGACUACUCUUGAAGAGGGUCAGCGGACCGAUUCGCAAGGGGAUAACAUGUAACACUCUGUAGUGCUUAUAGCGGUCUAUCCUGAAUAGUUCCAGAAUUAUCUAGAUUACUUCCGAUAUUAAUAGUAAGAAAUAAAAAAAUAAUAUUACUUUGAA